CCAAAAUGGAGCCCGAUGAUAAUGAAAUUCGAUGCCAAAUCAUGUGGCAGCUCAAGCAGGACAAGAAAUAUGAUGAAAUCGCCGAUCAUGUGCUCACGUGCUGUCUGGAUUGUAUCACAAAUCCCAGAAAACAGUUUGGAGGCCGCGAAAUGCUAUUUCCAGACGCUCCACCGCCCUGGAUUAAAAUGCCAGAAUCCGAGAAAUCAGAUCCCCAAGCGUGGCGAAAAUAUCAAAAACGUCAAGUUCACCAACAAAUGACACCCGAAGAAUUCGACGAUUUCCUCAUAGAAUCCGACUUUGGAGACGAACGAAUGUGCCACGAAAUCGCGAAAUUCAAGCGAAUCGAACGAGUCGAGGCGUGGAUUGUGCUCCGCGAGCUCCGGAAGAAGCAGCGAGAACGGAGACUUGAAGCCGAGAAAAUUGCGCGAGAAAUCAAGAAACGAGAGACUGACGAGAAGCGGGAAGCCGAGAAAUUGAAGAAAAUGGACGAAAAACUGAAGAUUCAGGAGAAAAAGCAGCAAAAAGACGAUGAAAAACAGGAAUAUUUGGAUAAAAUUCACGAAUUGGAGGAGGUUUUGGGUGUUGCGGCGGAGCCCAAAGAGGGGCCUUCCCUGGAGCCCGGAGAGCUCGUCGUGGAGCCCCGCCGGCAUCAAAAAGUGUAUAAUGUGAAGAACUCAAUGCCAUGGGCUCCAUCUCCGUAUGAUGUGCUCUGUUCGGAGCAUCGAUCCACAAUUCCCCAUCAACAACAGAAGAGAAUGAACGCGAUGUACUCGAAUUUAAUGUAUUUUGGAGAGUUUCAGCAUACCAGCAAUAGGCGAGAGCUUAAGGAUAUCCGAGCAGCUACAGAAACGGAAUACGAUACCCUAGUCGCCUCGGCUCUAGAACAUGCAAAAAAUGAAGCUUGCCACCCGUUGGACGUUGUAGAUGAACGAAAAAUCCAAAAAUGUCUUGAUCUAUUCAAAAAUCGUGAGCCGCCGCCCGGUGAAAAUCUGCAAUUUACGUUCAAAGACCCAGUUUAUAUAGUGGAAAAUGUCGACGCGGCCGAUGGAAUUCGUGGUUUAAAUCAGGCACUUGUGCCGAAAAUUGAGAAAUUGUUGAGGAAAGGAGUGUGGAAUGAUGUGCUUACGCUGCCGGAUAUUUCUCAGAAAUGCCCAAUUUUGAAUAUUGAGGACAGCAGCACCCCUCCUCCGAAGGUAAAGCUGCUUGACGACGCCCUCGCCGCCUCCUAUAUUGCAGAAAAUCCUACAGUAACCCUAAUGGCCGACGCUACAACAAUUUGUCACCUGCUGACACCAAAUUGGGAAUCCCGGGACUACGAUUACACUAUUCCGUGUGUAGUCCGAGAGGAGAAUCUGCCUGGAGUAGGAUGGCGCAAAGUUGUCGUACUUUCGAAGCCGAUGCCCAGUGGAAGGAUCACCAAAGCCUCUAUCCAACGAAAAUCGCUGAAGCGAGCUCUGAGAUCGCAAUUUUUGCUCAAAAAAUCGCCGAAAAUCGCGGAAAAGCCAGUAGUACCCGACGCAAUAGAAGUGGAGCCCACAACAACAUCAGAAGCUCCAGCAGAAGCUCGCGGAGCCACCGAUUUUCUCGACGAUAUUCUCACAGAAAUGGCGACGAAAAAAUCGAAAAAAGAGGCGAAAAACGAGGAGAAAAUUCCGGAAAAUCAGCGAAAAUCCACGUAUCAAUACGGAAUUUUUCGAAUUGGAGACGCCCGGCUUCUCGUUCGUUCGAAUGCUCCGUACGGUGUAAAUGAGCCCGGAGAGAAGAAGCAUGCAUUCUUGCACCACAGCUCACAGCGGGCUCAAGCUCAGGCUCACAUGGUCACUUUUGAGCCACGUAUUGAAUAUCUUCCAAAUGGCGGAGCAAUGGAUCUUGGAGCACCGGAAUGGUGUUGGAAUUUCACGAAAGCAGUGCUGAAAAUGAGCGAUUCGCACAUUUUAUAUAGAACUUCGUAUCGGCUUGAUCAUAUUUUGCAGAUUGAUGCAUUGACUAUGAAGGUUGAUGUACAGGAGCCACCUCCGGGCGCUUUUGGAUUACUCUCGGCGCGAUGUGUGAUGCUGGAAAAACUGAUCAAUCGGCUGGAAACGUUGAAUUUCGGUGAAUAUAUGAUUGUCCACGAGGCCAACAAACCGCUUACAGUAAUCCCACAGUGUGAAAGGGGCGGAGUCACGAUUGAGGCGAUGCGAAUCACCGGAAAUGAGGUUCAAAGCUCAUCGGACACCGCCGCUGGAGACUCGUUUUUCUACGGAUUUUCACCGGAUUUACCGUUUCAAUGGCAAAUUAUACAGGGAAGAGCACCGCGGAUGCUUUUGGCAAAAGACUCACCGUUGGCGAAUAAUCUACCAACCAAACAAAACUUCAACAAAAUCCAAUGGCACAAGUCACAAGUAAAGCGGAAAUACGAGCAAUAUUCAGCUGAAAGAGAGGACGAAAAGCGUAACCGUACGCUCGAUUUGGACGAUCCCAAUAUUUCCGCCGAUUUUACGAAUCCUGCCAUGAUUCCUGUGAAAUUCGAGCGAAAAUUCUAUCCUCCACGUGUCCGUGGACGUCGUGGUGGCCGUGGCCGAAGUGGUGGCCGAGGUGGUGGCCGUGGAAGAGAAAGAGACGGCGGCAGCCGUGGAAGAGGUGGCCGAGGUGGCCGUGGAAAUUCUGGAAAUGAGCCGCCGGUGGCCGAUAUUGUUUAAUUUUAUUUGUUUUUUUUAAAGUCCUUUUUGUUCUUUUAUUUCUAAUUUCUAAUGGCCUUAUUUAUCCUCGAAAAAAUUGAAAAUUCGGCCAUUUUUCGUUGAAAAAUUUCAAAUUUUUGUAGUAGUUUCCCGCCUAAAAAUUGGCUUAAAAUUGCAUUUUUAAUCAAUUUAGCUCGAAAAAUCAAGAAUUUCACUGCAAUUUAAGCUUAAAUUCGAAUUUUUUGAAAUUUUAGAAAAAACUUCUUUUUUUUUUGAAAAAUUUUCAUUUUCAAAAACUUUUAAAACAUGAAUUUUUCGAGCUGAAAAGUCCCGCGGAAUUCAAAUUUCAUAGUUAUAAUCCCCGAAAAAUUUCAAUUUACACCAUUUUCGUGUGUCAUUUUUCUCUAAAUUUAUGCCCAAAUUUUUCAUUUUGACCCGAUUUUCGAAGUUUUUCACGAUUUUCAGUGUGAAAUUCGAAUUCUCCGCUGGUUUUUAGCCCUGAAACUGAAAAAAGUUCUGCCCGAAUUUUUUUUUUGAAAAAUUUCAAUUUUCAAAAAAUUCCCAAAACUCGAAAAUUUCCGGGCUAAAAAAGACCCGCGGAAUUCAGAUUUCCUAUUCAAAAUCCCCAAAAACCCAUCAUUUACCCACAUUUCCCCCGGUUUUCUCUAAAUUUCCCAAAAUUUCGAUUGUCUUGUUUUGGUUGUUUCUGGUUCCCAGCUUACCGUAUCUGUAAGAUUUUUUUGAAAAAAUCGAUU